AUGUACAGAAUUAAAAAUGUCAAUAAUAUUAAAACCAACUUUAAUGAAGGCAUUUUCCUAAAUCGGUUUUUCUCAAUAUUUGAUGUUAGUUCUAGUUCUAAAUUGAAAUGGAAUUCGAAAUAUUUUUAUACAAAUUCCGCAUUCACACCACCCACUACUACUCCGCCAACAUCAAUACACCCAAAACAUUCUGCUCCACUUUCACCAGCAGUCUUACAUCUACUUACACUGAGCGGAAUAAGUGACGCCACGAAAAUCACGGCAACCGGUCCAAAAGGACGAUUAUUGAAAGGCGAUGUGUUGACAUAUCUUGGGAAAAUAGCUCCUCGAAUCAAAACUGCAAAGGAACAAGAAAGAGACGUGGAAAAGGAUCGUACAAAGCCUUCGCCGACAGUGGCUGCGCCAAUAAAGUCAACACGUGAAUCAUCCAAGUACAAAGAUUUGGAUAUUUCUUCGAGAAAAAAAGUCGAAGCCUCCCGAUUGAUUGAAUCAAAAUCAGCGAUACCGCAUUCUUAUAUCUCAAAAACUAUCAACAUUGAUGAAUUUUUGAAGUUUAGACAGACAAUUAAUGAACAACUCAAAACAAAUAUAACAAUGAACGACUUUUUUGUAAAAGCUGCGUCGAUAGCACUACACAAAUCACCUGAAUUCAAUGUGCACUACGAUCCAACCUCCGAAAGCUUGACUUCAAAAAAUACCGAUAUUGAUAUUUCUGUUGCUGCACCAUCUGAAAUUACCCAAACUGUCAUCAGAAAAACAGAGGAGAAAGGAUUAAAGACCAUUUCUCAACUGAUAAAAGAGUCAUCGAGUAAAGCAAAAGAGAGUAAACUUUUGCCGGAAGAGUAUAAAGGUAUGCUUGGAGUAGAUGAGUUCACAGGUAUUAUAAAUCCGCCACAAUCUUCCAUACUGGCAAUUGGUAGUGUUCGUCCUGUUACCGAAAUCCCCGAUGUUACCGAUAAUACAAAUGAUUCAGAUGUACUGGAUUAUCUUGGUUCUAAACCUGAUUCGAUAUUGUCUUCAUCAUCGUCGCUAGAUGAUGAUGCAUUAGACAUUAUAGAGUAUCUUGGCGGGAUAAUCCCGUUACCCAAAAACAAAAGCAGAUCACCCUCUAUUGAGUCACAAGAAAUGAUUCAAAAAAGACUUUCACCACGCGUUGACACAAGUUAUAUUAUUAGUGUACAAUUGAGUAUCGAUGAGCGUGUGGUGAAUCCAGUGGUUGCUGCAGAGUUUUUGGAUCGAUUCGCUAAAGUUGUUGAGGCACCUGAGCGUAUUUUGUUGUAA